AUCAUCUCAUCCCAUCCCGCAAAAACAAUCGGUACAUUUACUCUUCGGCCUAUUCCCGUCAAUCGUUCGCAAAGGACUGUGUCCGCUCCUUACUUCGCUCUAUCCUACAGCUUCGCUCUAGAAAGAAUCUCUAUUACUGCUUACAGCACCUCUCUCCACUCUUCUGCAUCACCAGUCCGCUGUCCUACUCCGGACCCCGCUCUUAUCAUGUCCAACUCAACCGGCUCGUUCUCUGCCCCUCCGCAAAUCCUCACCUUUGACGGUCUCCUUUCCGACUUCGACGGUACCAUCGUCGACUCAACCGAUGCGAUCGUGAAACAUUGGCACAAAAUUGGCGCGGAGUUAGGCGUCGACCCCGCGACGAUCCUGGCGACCUCACACGGACGCCGAAGCAUUGAUACGCUGCAGCUGUAUGACCCUACGAAGGCCAACUGGGAGUACGUCAGCUACGUGGAGGGUCGUAUCCCUCAGGAGUACGGAUCCGACGCCGUUGAGAUUCCCGGCGCGCGGUCCCUGCUGUCAGCGUUGGACGAGGCGGGCGCUCGCUGGGGGGUGGUGACAUCCGGAACGCGCGCCCUGCUCGAAGGCUGGCUGGGCGUGCUGAACCUCACGCACCCGGACGUGUUGGUUGUGGCCGAGGACGUCGAGCUGGGCAAGCCCGACCCGCGGUGCUAUCUCUUGGGUCGGACACGAUUGGGUCUGGAGCAUUCGCCCGCGCUGGUCGUGCUGGAGGAUGCGCCCUCGGGAAUCAAGGCAGGCAAGGCGGCUGGGUUCACAGUCAUUGCGUUGACGACGACCCACACGCUGGAGCAACUUCAGGCGGCCGGGGCGGAUGUGAUCAUCGAGGACCUGCGGAGCAUCAGCGUCAAGAGCGUGGUGGAUGGACGGAUUGAGCUGGAGGUGCGGAAUGCCUUUGAGGCAUAGAUGCGCAGGAUAGAAGGAUAGAAAGAGGCUAGACUGGCUCGGCAUGGAAGUAGUAGUGACAGACCCACCCCCCUUCCCUCGAUGAAGAUGCCUUCUUGGUGAUUUCUCUGUUUCCUACUGCUGUAUCUUUGGAGCCAAGAUUUGCCUUCCAGCUUAGAUAGACACAGACCUGACAACAUUCGCAUUGUACAUAUUUAGCAUCAUAGAUAGACAUAAG